AUGGAAUACGAAAAUAAGAAGAAGGCUCUGUUCGACAUACUCGAUGCUGAAGAAAAGAAGCUUGAAGGAUCAUGUCUCACACAAAGACAAGAGGAAAAUCCAAGAAAAAGACAAUUUAACUCAAAAAGAGACAGAGAUUCAAGUAUUGAAAGAUAUAAAAAGAAUGAAAGUAUUUUCAAACGACCUGCACUGCCUAUUAACAAGUGUCUGAGUGUUAGACAACGACCAGAUUAUGAGAAAAAUCCACAAAGAUAUCAGCACUACACUUUAACCGAUGUUAGUGAUACAUCAGACCGUAUGAAUGCAUCAGCAGCGUUCUCAUUUUUAAGAGAAAUGGAGCAAAGGAAGCAGCAGGAAGAGGAAAACAAUGAUUCUGGAUCAUCAAAAAUUGUAUUUAAAAACUCAACGAAAUUGAAGCCAAAAGCUACAGAAGAUACAGAAAAGAAGGAGAAGAUCCAAGGAAACAAAUUUGUUAUGAAGGAGUACGUUAUAGGUGAAAAGAAGCAAAAGCCCAAAAAGGAAGUGCCACGUGAUAAAAAUUCUGGAUCUGCAAAACAGCUUCGAUUGUCACAUUUAAAUGAUGAAGAAGAGGAUGAUGAAUAA